AUGGAUCAUUCUCACCAGGGUCAUGGCUAUGCAAUGCACCACAGUAAUGAUCAUAUGUUACCUCAAACUUCUUCAAAUAUGAACAUGAUGGUUGGUGGUUAUGGAAUGCAACCACAAACACAACAGCCUUAUUUAACACCGCAGCAGCCAACUCCUCAACUAAUGCAGACCGACGUUUACGACGCUAUGGACGCAGCUGGGCCUUCAAAUCAAGAUGCUGCUAUGGGUUCGACUGCUAGGGAAGAAGAUAAACGCAAGGAGAUCUAUGGCUAUGACGCGCCGUACAACCUGUACGCAACUGCAUGGAGUUGUGCUACAGAUCCUCAGCGGCGGUUUCGAUUAGCUGUCAGUAGCUUCAUUGAGGAAUACAGUAAUAAGGUUUCCAUUGUACAACUAGAUGAAAACGCCGGUGAGCUGGUUCUUAGGAGUACAUUCGAUCAUCCCUAUCCUGCCACGAAACUGAUGUGGAUCCCUGAUUCGAAAGGAACCUAUCCGGACUUGGUUGCUACGAGUGGCGACUAUCUUAGGUUAUGGAGGCUCGGGGCUGACAAUAAUGCAAAAAUCGAGACUCUUCUGAAUACCAACCGUACGGCUGAGUAUUGUGCACCGUUGACUUCGUUCGACUGGAACGAGUUAGACCUCAAUCUUAUUGGCACAAGCAGUAUCGAUACGACCUGCACUGUGUGGCAGCUUGAGACUGGACAAGCUAUCGGGACUACUCGAGUCACGGUAGAUGGUACAGUCCGUACGCAGCUUAUUGCACACGAUAAAGAGGUAUUCGAUAUCUCGUUCAGUAGAGGAAAUAGAGAUAUGUUUGCAAGCGUAGGUGCUGAUGGUAGCGUCCGUCUGUUCGAUCUCCGACAUCUUGAGCACUCCACUAUCAUAUAUGAAGAUCCACAACGCACUCCUCUACUGAGAUUAGCAUGGAAUCGGAAUGACCAUAACUAUAUCGCGACUUUCGCGUGCGAAAGUAAUGAGGUUAGUGAUCAAACAACUGGAACGGUUGUAUUGAACUUCUUCUACUACCUUUUAUGCAAUGUCCUAAGCAUGGGAAAGCGAUAG